AUGGUCGUGGCGUACCUCAUGAAACUGCGGGCCAUGACUUUCGAGCAGGCGUUGGCCUUUGUGGUUGAACGCCGCCCCAUUGCCAACCCCAACGAGAGCUUCCGUCGACAGCUGCAAGAAUACGGACGUCGUCUCCAGCGCAGCGCACCGAAGGAGAAAGGAGCUCGAGUUGCUCGCGGCCCAGCAGGACCGCAGCUGCCACCUUCAGCAAAGUCAGCAGCUGAAGCGAGCGAAGAGGAGGCUGCCGCGUCCAUUGGACCACAACUGCCCCCGCACCUCAUGAAG